GCCUGAAAUUCAUGUGACGGACCCCCCCAAAGUCACUGGAUCCCCCAUACCUCAAGUUGUGCAACGCGCCGGAAAUACAUCUGCUCCUCCUCGUACUUUCGCCAUUUAGUCAUCUAUCCCCGCUCUAUUACUGCUCGGUCUUUUUAAGUACCUCACAGGGCUACUAGACUUCGAAUCUAGCCUUGCGAAAUAAUCGUCUACUUUCUCUCAACGAUAGACGGAGACUUUAGUGACUGCUGGACCAGACAGCGGGCUCACUCGUUACUAGGAUCUUCGAGAGUCGAUUCUCCAUACUUUUCCGACAAUGGCUCCAACCACAACAGAAUCCCCCAUGUCCCAUCAACAACCCGCUGGCUCACCUGCUCAGGCUCCCUCGAGCUCACCUGCCAGUCUUCCUCUCGACCUUUCGACUGUUCAAUUCCCUCAACUAGACAGAAACCAAAUCAUGCAACUUCUGACCCAGAUACCUGGAGUCUUCAGUAAGCCUACAGGAGAAGGCACUGAAGACGCCGCCAAGACACUUUCCAAUCUAUCUCAACAAGUUGCUUUCGUUAACGCAAGUAACGCCGCCGCUCAGCAUGCUGCAGUUGCUGCUGCUGGUGCCCUUCCGCAUGGUAUUCCCCAGUCAACACCGUUUCCUGGAAUGCCAGAACCGGGACCCUCUUCACAUCCCCGGGGACCUCCGAAUCUUGGUCAGAUCAGCGGAAUGUCGGGCGCUCCUGAACAAUCUCAGGACGAAGAAGACGGUGACGGUGGUGAUCAAUCCCCUGAACCACCCAAUGUUAAUGCACCGUCAGGAGGUAGACGAGGUACAAGGGGUGGUGCAGCUAUGGGUAGUGAGGAAUGGAGCAGACAACGGAAAGAUAAUCAUAAAGAAGUCGAACGCCGUCGUCGAGGGAAUAUCAACGAAGGAAUCAACGAGCUAGGUCGUAUCGUCCCCAACGGCUCUGGUGAAAAAUCUAAAGGGGCUAUCCUGUCUCGCGCUGUGCAAUACAUACAUCAUCUGAAAGAGAACGAGGCCCGGAAUAUCGAAAAGUGGACACUGGAGAAGCUGCUUAUGGAUCAAGCAAUGGGUGAUCUUCAGGCUCAGCUUGAGGAGAUGAGAAGAUUAUGGGAGGAAGAACGUGGUCUUCGGCAGCGGGCCGAGUCGGAGUUGGAUGUCCUACGAGGUGCGAAGACGGGCACGAAGAGAGCGAAUGAGGAUGACAAUGAGGACGAGGCAAAGAGGCAGAGGACGGAGUAGGAUUAAACUGAUUUCGUCUCGCUCUCACUAUCCCUUUCUACAUGCAUGUUAUUCUCUCUGAAUUCCUUUUGAAGUUCUUGCUGUCUUUUUAAAUUUUGUGCUUCUGUUUAAAUACCAUGAUCAGUAUCGUUGUAUUAUAUAGUUGUCGAUGUUGAAUUUUCCAUUUUCUCCUUGUGCCUUGCUCUAAUUCUACCUCUUCCGCCACUGUUUCCCUAUAUAUAUGGUUGGCAAUCUCUAAGUUCAGUGUC